AUGAAACCUUUUCGUCUCCUACAACUCUCUUUCUCCCUUCUACCUCACCUACCGCACCCACACCCCCGGACUCCUUUGCGCACACAAACUUCAAUGGGGCGAUGGACUAAGAAGAGGAAGGGAAAAACGCCCUUUUCUUUUUUUUCACUUCCUUUUUUUUUUUUUUCAUCCAGAAAUUUGCCCUUUUCAACGAAAUCUCGCUACCAUUUGGUCACCGAAAACAACAGCAGCCAAAGUGUUUGUUCUCGGCAUUUUGUCCGUAAGGCUUCAAUGCCCGGUCAAAUACUGAGUACUCAGAGAUAUAUGCGUUGUUCGGCCCCAUGAUAAUUAGUCCUUGACGAGCUCUUCAGAGUUUCUUGCGUGGGGGUAUGAUGCCAGUAAGGAAGGAUGAUGCCGUUUGUUUGUUUGUAUUGCGGGGGGCAAAGCAGGAACACGAUCCAGGUCCUCACACUCAUGCAAGAUCUUUGGGAAUCUUCUUUCGAUUUCGCUUUGUCCAUUAUCAAAUACCCAAUAUCAGUUUUGUGAACGAAGUCCAUCCCCUCCUCCUCACUCCCCUUUAUUUCUAACCAUGAUAUUUUGUCAGAAUUCUUCCCACCCUACGUUUCCCUUGAUGGUGCUCUCACAUGCGAGAGGCCCUGGAUAAAAGGGUAGCCCCGCGGCCUCAUCGGUGGCAGUGCGACGUUUCCUAGCAGCGGAUCUAGCAACCAGCGUCCGGACUCUCCCGCCUUUAUGGAUCCACUCCGAUGAGUUAGGAAUGAGUUUUUCCGUAGAUAAGGCAGCGGGUCAUUAUCUGUGAUCCGAAAAGGGUACAAUAGUCUCGGCAGGGGCGGACAAGGGGGCGAAGGGCUGAGAAUGCAGUGGCCUACAACGGGAAACCAGAUGGACCAGCUAGCUUCAAAAUCAGACGUUGCCCGGCGGAAAUCUGGUUCAACUUAUAAUGGCUCUCGUGAUUCUCAGGAGAGAUUCCUCUAUUGGGCCAAUUCGGUUA